AAAUAAAUAAAUCUUAGCUUGUCGCAUACGCAAGCGCAGUCUUCCACAUCCAGCUUACUAAGCAGACCUACGCAUAGAUCUGAACGGUAUAACAAACGGUAACUCAGGUGAAAAACAUGAAAUUUUUACCAGCAAUAAGCCUCGCAUUCUGUUUUUUCGCGACUGCGACAACGCAGCCCUUCUUGUCCUUUGUUCCCAACUCGUCUGAUCCAAAUAAUCCGGGUGAUUGCUACCACAAGGAGCUGCAACUUGCCAUCAAACUGGACGAGACCAUCAGACCGAGCAAUGUUGACUUGUGCGCCGAAUUGACCUGCGAGGAGGGAGGCCUGAUACGUCUCAAUCACUGUACACGCGUGCGACCUAUCUGCGAUGACUACCAGUUUCACCCCGUAGAUUUUACUAAACCCUUUCCGGACUGUUGUGUACAUUUCACGUGCAAUAAAUAGUGGAUGACGAGGUACCGUUUCAGGACAAUCAGUCAUUUAGUGAACUUUAAAAAUAUGGUUUGUUUUACUC